UAUGUUGAAAUAAAUAUAUUUUCACUGAGCUAAAUUGAACUUACAUAAAAACGCUUAGACCUAUGGCACCGCGGCCAAGUUUUAAAAACUGUCUGCCUAUAACCCAUAGAUGUCUCAAGGGAUCGAUAAGCAAUUGUCACAGUAGAUUUUGACUAAAGGCGGACUUUUGUAUUAACCUCUUGUAUGUUUAUAUCUACAUCCUACAUCAUUAAUAGGAUGAUAAGCUGUGAGCCUUUGAGUCUCACAACAGCCGACAUAGACAUAUCACAGUCAAUUAAGCGUAAUCAGUUAUAUAAAUUGUGGGUAAUACAAUGUUCCUUGCAUGUUUUAGUUUUCUGCUUGUCGGCUUGUUUACUUAUCUAGACUAUUCGAAUAGAUAAUGAUGUACCAAGCUUGUGCAGUUCAUAUCAGAUUAAUGUUUGUAGAUCCUAAUGUGACCCAUACGAGACACAAAAAAGAGGACAUGUGGGAAAAGAUUGUUUACACCUGCAUGAUACCAAACAAAACGUUUUAUCCACGAUACCACAAUACGAAAAGGCGGCUCAAAGAUCUCCAGCAAAGAUUUGCCGACUUUGAUGCUACCCUUAGAUGUAGCUCGGGCACAGCUUUGCAAGAAAGUUUUGGAGGAGAUGUGCGCUUCAUUAUCCUAAGUAGAAAGCCUACGAAAAGUAUUGAAACGGUCAGCAAUUCUAUAUCAAAGGCACUGUUUCCAAAUGAAGAUGCAAAACAAAACUUUAUUAUGGGAAUCAGUUUGCAAAAUGUACUGAGAGAAAUAAAAACUGAAGCGAUAGUAUUCGUGCCUAGUCGAAUGUCAGAGUUUUUACACAGCAACAUCAGCAAGAACAGAGACGUUCAAUUCAUUAUUGUGACAAAUGAUUUAAAGGAGCGCAAACAACAUAUUUAUUUAUUCGAAGGUUACUCAAAUGUUAAAGUUUCUCUGGUUGAAGAUGUAAAGGAAACAGCAAGUGUAGCGCUGGAAGAAAUUAUUUUCAAACCAGUGAAGCAUACGACCGAAACCUUAGUAAACCUUCUCAAAUUCAACGGAAGACAAAACAUCCAUGAAGAUCAAAAAAAGAAACGUAGUGAACCAAAGUCGUGCAUAGGCACGAACACGUGCAGGAUGCGUUUAGCAAGGAAACGUUUAUCAGGAAAACUGGAAAAAGAAAAAAGGAAAAGGAAGACAGCCAGGAAGAUGACGAAAAGCACACAUCUUAAGACAAGUGUAACAGCGCAUGGGAAAACGAAGAACAGGGGUGCAAGAAACAGAAGAAAAGAACUGUUAGUAAGCCUGGAUUGUGUUAAGAGAUCCAAACAAGUAGAACCAAAGGAGUACAUAACAAGAAGUAAACUAAAAGCUUCUAAUACCAAAGUGUUUGAAGAAAAGAUACAAAAGCAUAGAGAUUCGCUCGAACGUCUCCUUGGUGAAAUAUUAGGAAUGUAUGACAGAAGUAAAGUACCAGAAAACGAAAGACCAGUGACCAAUGAAAGUCUUGAGCAAAAUGUAAGUGAUGAGGUUGCAGAUAAACUGUACGCAAUCGAUGCGUCUGUGAAAAGUUGCGGAUAUCGAUUUGAAACGCUUCAAGUCUUUGUCGAUGAUACCUGCAAUGACGAAAUAAAAAACAAAGUAAGAGACGUCUUAAGAAAGAAUAAAAUAAUGAAUUAUGACAUAGUGCCCUCAAUUGGGUCUUUUAAACCAUUAUAUAAAGUAGGCGCCAAGGUCCAACCAAACCAAGACCGAAAGAGUUAUGGAACUGUUGGUGGUUUCGCAAAGAAAAACCAGAAAGGCCUGGUUGCCUUAGUGUCUAGACAUGUUGCUAUUCAUUCCUCUGACAGUAGUGUCCUUCUUCGAAAUGAGCAUAUGAAGAUUCGGGCAAAAAUUAUACCUGAAACAUUACCACCACAAGAUUCACAUGAUAAUAUACUUGACAUCUCGGCAGUUGAGAUACAGCCCACUGAUAAAGAAAAAUGUGAUACAAGAUUUAAAACUGAAGAUGGGGAUUUAACGUCUGGAAAAGAAAGUAGCUAUGAAACCAGACAACUUCGCAGUAGACACGUACAUCUCUGGGGUGGUACAACAUCACCAGGUUUGGGAAUUGUAACCAUGCCGAAUAUUCGUGACAGAGAUAGAGAUAAUACUUUUAUCAUUGUAGAAGACAGACAAAAUGCAGAUGAAUCAUUUUGUAAAGAAGGUGACAGUGGUUCCAUGGUAUGUGCGGAUGAUAUUGACGGUGAAGGUGUUGAAGUGAUCUCAAUGCUUAUCGGUGAAGAUAAUGAUCAUCGAGGCAAAUAUGCUACAUUUAGAAUAGACAAAGGUUUAGAUCAAUUAAAAAGGCAAACCAAGGAUGACUUUCAGUUAUGUAAGGACUGAAAUGGGAUACUGACAUGAGUCUUGAGUAUAUGCAUGGAGUCUAAUUGGGUUUUCACUUAUUACUCCGUCUUGAAUUAAACAGUCCAUAUGACAUUGAAGUUCACCAGACGGGUACCAGUACUAAAUAUCCUCCCUGAAUAUUUUCAGCCGACACAAAAGCUUUUGAUUUAGCCCUGAUUUUUAUAUCAAAAUAUAGUGAAGAAAUAAAUCCGACUCGCUGUCUAUUUUCCAGUCAGUUCGCAACCGAAAUAUGGAAAAUACUUCUAUUCAAAAUAUUCUUCUCAGGUUUCAUGCACUAGCGUUCAAAAGGUCUACCUAGUCAUGUUGGGUUUUAUGGAAACAAUCGUGCUGAAUCCCUUUUAUUACCACAAUCUAAUUUGAAAUUACCAUGUACUGAUUUAAGGCAAAAUAUCAACAAAUAUAUUUUAUCUAAAUGUCAAUCGUCAUGGAAGAAUACUUCGUUCAAUAAACUUCAUGAUAUUAAACCUACUUUAGUUGAAUGGCACCAAGGGAACAGAUCUGUUCGCAGGUAGGAAGUGUUCUUUCUCGUUGUCGAAUAGGUCUUGCCCGUUUGACUCAUUAUUAUCUACCGAACAAAGAAGAACAACCUGUGUGGACUUUGCUCCACGGCGUAGUUUAUACUAUGACGUUCAAUCUUUGAAAGUUGUUUGAAAAAGUUUCAGUCGGUAAUAUUGUGUCCUUUUCAAAGCAGAUAGGCAUCAAUCACAAAAUCUGAACUUCAUAUAUUUUUAUUCACAUGAUUUGCAAUAUUAUUGUUUGCCACUGAUUUAUUAACCCUUUAUAUGUAUAUGCAUUUUUACAUAAAUGUUUUAAGACGUGCUUUACAAACUACUUUUAACCCUUAUAUGUUUGUACGUUAUUUUUACAUAAUUGUUUUUAGAGACGCUUACAAUUUACAUUCUCAAAACAUGGCAUUUUUGUGUCGAUUAGCCGUAAAAUCUAACUUGCUCAUUCACUCACCCACUCACUUAUCAUGAGCAUUUCUUUGCCAAGCCUAUUAUAAUUGAUCUUUUUUCAUUUGGAACCCCGUCUAAGGUUCGUUUUUUUUCCAUUGCAUUACAUAUCUGAACGGACAUGUAAUAAACAUUUUUGAACAUAUAGAAAUAUAACAACGUCGGCCUUUCAUAGUGGUUAGUAUAAAAAUACAAUGAUGGGUUAGUAAUAACAUAAAAACACACAAAAAAAAAGAUUGAAUACGUGAGUAGACUACCGUGGUGUGGUGUGUAUUAUGUAUUAAAGUAAGAAUAGGAAACAUUUACAAUCGUUACUAAAAAUCUCAAGACUGUCGUACGGAACGCUGUACUUUUUUUAAGUUUUAAUCUGUUUAUCAGUUUUUGUUUGAAAUUAGUAGUAUCUUGUUUGAUGCAAUAUUUCUUAGAAGAAAGUUAAAUAAAAGUUUUGGAAUUGUUGUUUUUACAGUAAGUGAAGACAUUUUUGAAUGUAUCUGUCAGACCUGAUUUUCCGGAAAGAAUGAUUUCCAUUUAAUAUGAUAUUUUGUUUUACGGCGAAUGCCGUUACAAGAACGAAUUCGUGACCUUGACCGACCCAUGCCACGUGACUUCAGUUUGCAAAUCAAACUACUUGAUAACGCAUUAUAUAUAAUUUAUCAAAAUGAAAGAUUUAUGCAACACUCUGCCUGAUUGGAUGUGAGUGUCAAUUUGUUUUACUCUGCUGAUUGUGCUACGCUGAGUGAAAUGUAGACAAAGCGGUUAUCCUAACCGACGCUGUUCACAGUUUUAAAGCUAACUUUCGCUCAGUAUAUUUAGCAAGAAUAUUAAUAUAUCUCAAAAUGAUAAGUAAGUUUAAUAAGUGUGAUCAAAACCUGUUCAAAUACCAACAUAUAUCAAAUUAAAGAAAGAGCUGAAUACGUUCUGCAUAUCACAUGAAUAAGGGUGUGAUAAGAGUCUUCUAUGUAGAGAAGUGCUUUUUAAAAGAUUUUCCUUUUUACAAUUGUCGUCUUUAUAUGAAAAGGUUUCUUGCUUUUGUGACUUAUUCAGAUUGCAUAUUAAAAUGAGUACUUGUUUGCUUUGAUAUAUUUGUUAUAAAUUAUUUAACUGAUUUAUUAUAUAUGAAUAUUUUUCUUUAGUGUGGUAUGCAAAUAUUGAACUCAGUUGAAAUCUGUUUUAUUAUGUAUAUGCUACAUAAUGACUGAAUCUCAUUACAUUGAAAUGAAGGUACGCUGCAUACAGUUUAUCUACGUGAUAUGACUACGGUCAAACUUUGCUUAUGAAACAGAAAUAUUGAAAUAAUUACAGUUGUAUGUGUCCCUUGACCUUCACUUUUUUAUAGGUGUGACGUCAUUGUCCUAAGAUUCAUAAAUAGCGAAUAUGCAUUUGUUAAAGCGGGAUCAGUUGUCCUAUUUUAAGGGCCUCUUAAGCUAAAAAUAAAAAGUCCUUUAAUUGAUUUUUUCUCAUGUAUUCUCAUCAAACUUGAUUUGUAGCAUCUUUAUUAGGCCCGCAGCCAACUUUGUUCAGUUGGGACAUUUGACCCCAUUUAGGGGCUGCUAGAGCUAAAACUAGAAAUGCCUUUAGACAGCGUCUCAUGAACAGCUUGAUGGAUCUUUGUCAUACUUGGUCUGGAGCAUCAUUAUAAGGUCCUCUUCCAAAUUUAUUUAUAUAGGAACUUGGGCCCUAUUAGGGAACAUUAUAGCUAAAAGUAGAUAUGCCUUUCUUCGCAUUAACCACUAAAAUGUAAUGGAUUUUUAUCAAACUUGGUGUGUAACAAUAUCGUAAGGUUUCCUGCUAUUUUGUUACAAAUGGGGAUAUGGACAAAUUUAGCUAAAAAUAUAAACACUUUUAAUGACCUCUUCUCAUGAACCGCUUGAUGAAUCUUCAUCAAACUACAGCAGCUGUAAUUAUUCGUCUAAGGACAAACGAAACAAAAUUGCAACCCUACGAAACCUUUGUGAAAAAUCAAAAGAGAACCAUUUAAAUUGUUAAAGUGCGGUGUUUAGUUUUGCAUUUGAAAAAUGUUAGAUGAAAGAUGAAUGUUAGAUGAAAAUUUCAUCAACUUCUUUCCUUAUUAGAAUUCGCCGACCAUCUUUUUUAAAGAUAUAUCUUGUUACAUCUGGUAGUUUUUGUUUUUUCUAAAUUUUUGAAAAUGUUUUGUUUUCAAGCAAUAGGAUUAAGGCGUUUCUCAUAAUUCAUUGUUUAUUUUAUCUGGUGAUACGCUUAUAGAUUUUGUUGUUUUCCUUCCAAUUUUAAAUUGAUGCAAUAAAUCUAAUAUAGUUUAGAAAUUCGGAGUAAGGUAUAUAAUAUUCCGUUGUCAAUAUAUCAAGUGUCUUGAAUUGUUUAGUUUCAUGAAAUAAGGUUAUUUUUUUAAGAAUGUAUUAUCCAAUUUUAAUUUUUUAAUAUAUUUUUUUUAUUUAGAUUACAUUUGAAUAAAACCUCUUAUAGAUUUCCCAAUUUUUUGUUUGCUAUUUCUUUCCACAUUCCAUUUUAUUUUUUAUCCUUUUUAUCAAGCAAGCUUUAAUAGAAUUUAGGUAUAUUGGAAUGUCUACCAUGUUUAUGUCUCACAGUCAUAUUCUUAUAUUAAUAUAUCUCUUUAAAGAUUAUUUCUCUUUGAAUUCCAAAUAAAUUCAUAACUCUGUGAUUAUUUUAUCUGAUGGGUUUGAAAAUAUUGAAGUCGGGUAUUUGGGAAGGAUUAAAAAUUUUAGUAUUGAAACAUUUCAUCUCGUUGUUAAGCGUUUAAAUUUCCAAAAUAAAAAUAUAGGGAGAUAAAGGACAUCUUUGAAAAACUCCUCGAUUUAUGUUCAAUAUAUCUAAUAAAAAUUGUACAAAACAUAGCUUUAUGCAACUUGAAACUUUUAUUUUUUUAUUAAACGCCUAUUUUUACGUAAAACAUAUUCAAUGGCGUUUUACAAACACAUAUAAAAUCUACGUCUAAAAAUUAAGACAUUUUAAAGAUGUAUGAAAUAAAUGAGCAUAAAUAUCGUUGUGAAUAACUAUUUAGUAAGUAUCAAACAAAAGAUCAGGCAUCAGAUAAGAUAAAUAAAAUAUUAGAAUAUUAAGAUACAGUAAGCUGUUUUGUUAGUAAGUAAGUAAAAGUGAGUUAUUGUGACAUGUCCAUAUGUUAUUUCAAACAAUUGUACUUUUGUAUUUGUGUUAAAAUUGUUCAUAUUCGAAUGUAUUUACACAGUAAAUAUCAUCCAGUUCAUGUUGCCAAGAUAUCUUCAAAAUCACAGUCACAGGCUCUAAAGGGGGCAAAGUAAUUUCUAAAAUAAUGAGUUUUCAACUUCUUUUUGAAAACAUCUAAUGUGUCUGAGUUCCUUAUUUCGAUGGCUUCAUUUUUAAUGGCUUAAAACCCAUAAAAGUGUAAUUCUAAAAAAAAUGUAAUGAGUUUGUCAAGCGGAAUAUAUCUCUAAACCAAUAUCAUUUUACUGAUUUAAGAUAACACUUUACUUUAAAAAUAAAGGGAUUGCUUUUGAAACUUUUAUGUACGUGUGUGGAAAAACACCUAGUUUUAUGCCAUAUUAUGAUAAUUUUCUGAGUCAAGAAAACCCUCGUAUGGCUUUCUGAAACCGUUA